UUCAUUUCAUCAUAUCCAUUCUCUUAUCUUUUCAUUUUCUCAUUCUUCUUCUUCUUCUUUUCGUUCUCUCACUCUUUCAAUUUUCUCUCUAACAAACAACAAACAACAACGAUGGCACUAACAACCGCUUUAACAACAACAAUCUCACCCCUCAAACUUUCUUUUCCCACCCCCACUCCAAAACCAAUCACAUCUCUCCAUUUCUCAACCCCAACCCCCUUCCUCAUCCAUCGCACCACCACUCGUCUCCGCCCAAUCACCGCCGUCUCAGCCGAAGUCGAAAAACUCGGCAACGAAAUCUCAUCUCUCACACUCGAACAAGCCAAAACCCUAGUCGAUUAUCUCCAAGACAAACUAGGUGUAACCGCCGCUUCAUUUGCUCCCGCCGCCGCUGUUGCUGCUCCUGCCGCCGCUGAAGUUGCUGUCGUUGAAGAAAAAACUGAAUUCGAUGUUGUGAUUGAAGAAGUUCCUAGUAGUGCGAGAAUUGCAGCUAUUAAAGCAGUUAGAGCUUUGACGAGUUUAGGAUUGAAAGAAGCUAAGGAAUUGAUUGAAGGUUUGCCUAAGAAAUUCAAAGAAGCUGUUUCUAAAGAUGAAGCUGAUGAUGCUAAGAAACAACUUGAAACUGCAGGUGCUAAAGUUUCAAUUGUUUAGGGUUUCAAUUUUUUCCCCAAAUUUUCAAUUUUUCUUGUUGUAAUUUCAAAUUGUUAUUAUUAUAUUAUGGUGUUGUAGUGUUCAAAAUUGAGUUAGUUCUUGUUAUAUUAUUAUUAUAAACCUAAAUUAAAAACAAAUGUAUUAAUUAAUUUUACUUAA